AUGUUGAUUGGUACUCCCACCGAGCAAGUUAAAGAAAUUGCCAAGCUCGAUGACCGCUUAAAUCGUCGACAAGUGAUCAAGCCGAGUCGACCAGUGAAACGAUCUGUCCAAAGCACGACGUCGAGUCAGUAUACCUUUCAUCGCAUCACAGUCAUUGACGAAUUCCCACAGCCAGAGCAGGCACGGAAGUUGCUCGAGCGAUUGAGAGAUGACCGAGGGAUUAGAGCUAUUAUGCAGCAACGCAAAUGGUCAGUUGGAGAACUGACUGAAUUAACGCCGUUCGAGGCAACGAUUCUCGGAUACAACAGAAAUGCAGGUCAAUUAAUAGCCAUCCGUCUUCGCACCGACGAUUUAUCAGGUUUUCGGCAUUAUGACAGUAUACGAAAAGUCUUACUGCAUGAACUCACGCAUAAUGUAUGGAGCGACCACGACGACAAUUUUCGUGCCCUGAACCGCCAGCUCAAUAAGGAUGUCAUAGCACUCGACUGGACAGCACAUGGCGCACAAGCAUUAUCCUCCGGAUCCAAAUUCCAUCAACCUGUUGAUGAGGAUUAUGAUGAUGAGAUAACGGGGGUAUCAUGGGAAGGUGGAAGCUAUCGACUCGGUGGUGGAGGUGGCAAGAGCGUACAGAAUAGUGAUGUUGCAUUACAAAGGGAGCUACGAGCUAGAGCUGCUGCAACACGUUUGACGAAACAAGAAGAGCAAGAGCUUGACGAAGGAUGUGGUAGCAGUAAAUAG